AUGCGUCUGCCAUACGUUGCCGACCCGCCACCCACCAGCACUCCCGAAGAGGCUGAGAUUCUCGCCCGAGUGCAGGCUCGACGAGCCCCUGGCGGACUCCUGGCGUUAGAUCGAGCUCUUCUACACAGUUUCCCAGUCGCGGACGGCUGGAACUCAUUCAUCGGCGCCAUUCGCACGCGGACCAGCCUCGCCCCUCUAGUCCGUGAAUUGAUCAUCUGCCGCGUAGCGGUCCUAAACGGUGCACUAUAUGAGUGGGACCAACACUCGCCACUCCUAGCUGAGGCCGGAUUGAGCGAUACUGCACUACGAAUCGUUCGUGAUACUGGAGCUGAUGUCCAGGAGAAGGUAGCGGAAGGGGUGCUAAGCCCUGCUGAAGGUGCAGUCCUGAGAUAUACGGAUGUCAUGACGAAAACUGUUACCGUUCCGGAUGAGGUUUUCCAGGCUGUCAAGGAGCACUUCAACGACCGAGAGAUUGUGGAAAUCACAGCUACCAGCGCUUCAUAUAAUUGCGUAUCGAGGUUCCUUGUUGCAUUGGACGUCGGAGAGAAGAAUCACUGA